AUGGUACGGUUCUUUAUAGAAGAAGUUGAGGUUUUUUUCCCUUAUGAUUAUGUAUAUCCUGAACAGUUGGAAUAUAUGAAGUACUUAAAGCAAAUUUUGGAUGCCCAUAGUCAUGGAGUUUUGGAAAUGCCAACUGGGACAGGAAAAACAGUUACUCUAUUUUCCUUUAUAACAUCAUAUCAGUUAGCUCAUCCAAAUUUGGGAAGACUAAUUUAUUGCACUCGUACUGUAGCAGAAAUGGAGAAGGCACUUUUAGAGCUAAAAACUGUAAUAAAUUAUAGGAUAAAGGAGUUACAAAAAGAUAAGUUGGCACUUCAAGAAACUAAUAAUAUAAAUAUUUCUACUAGCGAGAAUCAAAUACUAAACGGUUCUAUUUUAGCUAUAGGUAUGAGUGCUAGAAGGAAUUUAUGCAUAAAUUCUUCUGUUAUUAGCAAUAGCGAUAGAGAUAAAAUAGAUGCAAUGUGUCGAUCAAUGACUGCUCCUUGGGUUCGUGCAAAAAAAUCUUCUACAAGGCUUGAUAAUGAUAAAUCUGGAACCCAAGUUAUAGAUCAAAGUAGUCUCCAAGAUAUAGAAGAUAUUAUUCAAGGUAACUGUACCGAUUUAUGUCCAUAUUAUGAAAUAUUCGAUAAAAUAUGGAGCAGUGAUACUAUUCCUAUUGGAGUAUAUACAAUAGAUGAAUUGAGAAGGUUUGGAAAAGAGUGGGAGCAUCCAACUCUGAAAAAGAAUACACCAUUUUGCCCAUAUUAUUCUACUAAACGUCUGAUUCAAGUAGCAAAAGUAGUUGUAUUAAAUUAUCAAUAUACUUUAGACCCGAAAGUAGCUCAGGCUUCCUUAUUAGGUGGGACUGUCUCUCAAGGAUUCAGUCAUGGAUCUAAUAUAAAUGGUAAACAAGCAGGAAGCUCAUAUGCAGCAGCUCUAGAUCCAGAAUUAUUGGGAAGCAAAGAACCGAGUAUAGUUGUAUUUGAUGAAGCUCACAAUAUAGAUAAUAUUUGUACAGAAGCUUUAUCUGUCAAUAUAAAUAGGCAGGUACUAGAUGGGGCUUCUAGAAAUUUGAAGAGUCUUAAAAAUGAAAUAAAUAAAUUGACUGAGAUAGAUGAGAAGAGGUUACAAGAAGAAUAUAAUAGACUUGUCAGAGGACUUAAAUCUACUGGUCAAAUUGAAGAUGAUUUGGUUUUAGAGGAGUUACAAAGAUUUCCAGUGUUACCUGCAGAAGUUGAGAAGCUUAAAAAAGAAUUGAUACCUGGCUCUAUUAGAAAAGCAGAACACUUUCUUCUUAUCAUGAAAAAAAUAACUUUAUAUCUUCAGAAUUAUAUCCGUGUUUUUACUCCAAAAAUUGAGGGUCCACUAACAUUUCUUAAUCACUUGGAGUCUUCUUGUAUGAUAGAUGUAAAUAUAAUUCGAUUUUGUGAUGAAAGAUUAAGGUCUUUAAUGAAUACUUUACAAAUAAUUGAUAUGGAUCAAUAUUCGCCUAUUGAAUUAGUAUGCACAUUCUGUACUAUUCUUGGAACAUAUUCUAAAGGAUUUGUUAUCAUUGUUGAUCCAUAUCCUGAAGUUACUGGCUUAUAUGAUCCUAUUAUACAACUGAGCUGCCUAGAUUCUUCUAUUGCAAUGAAACCUAUUUUAGAUAGAUAUCAAAGUAUAGUACUUACAUCUGGUACACUAUCACCUUUAGAUCUAUAUCCAAAAUUACUAGGCUUUGAUCCAGUUGUAAGCGAAAGUUUGUCUAUGACAUUAGAUAGAACCUGUAUCUGCCCAAUGAUUGUAACAAGAGGUUCAGAUCAGGUGCCAUUAUCUUCACGUUAUGAAUCUCGUGAAGAUUCUAUAAUACAACAAAAUUAUGGAAAAUUAGUUUUAGAGAUAUCUAAAAAAGUACCAGAUGGGAUUGUAUGCUUUUUUCCUUCAUAUUUGUAUAUGGAACAAGUUCUAGGACAGUGGUAUGAAUCUGGAAUACUUGCUCAAAUAAUGGAACAUAAAUUAGUAUUUGUAGAAACAAAAGAUAUUGUGUCAACAACUUUAGCCUUACAUCACUUUAGAAAGGCAUGUGAUAUUGGGAGAGGUGGUAUAUUUUUCUCUAUUGCUAGGGGUAAGGUUGCAGAAGGUAUAGAUUUUGAUAGACACUAUGGAAGAUGUGUCAUAUUAGUAGGUAUCCCUUAUCAAUAUACUCUUUCACGUAUAUUGCAAUCAAGAUUAAGUUUUCUGAAAGAAAACUACAAUAUAGAAGAAAAUGAAUUUCUAACAUUUGAUGCUAUGAGACAAGCUUCACAAUGUGUAGGACGAAUUAUAAGAUCCAAAGCAGAUUAUGGUCUUAUGAUUUUAGCAGAUCAAAGGUAUAGCAAAAAAGAUAAGAGAGAAAAAUUACCUCCUUGGAUCCUAAAAUAUUUGAAACAAGAGUACUGUUCAUUAUCAACUGAUAUGGCAGUCAAUAUUGCUUUAAGUUUCCUUAAACAAAUGUCUCAACCAUAUAAAAAACAGCUUUCAAUGGCUGAAAUUAACCAAAGAAAAAUAUAA